AUGUCGUCGGAAGAAUUAUCUCUACCUGUUCUCCCCGCUGUGUCGUGGGACGAGCAAUCGCAAACCUUCAGCAACAAUCCUCGGAAACGCGUCCGCAAUGCCGCUUCAAAGCACGCGCCAUCCUCAACUUUCAACAAUUCAAGUGAUCCCGCCAUAUUCUCCAGUGACGAUGACCCAGCAUUGGACAAUUACGUAGAAGGGAGACGAAAGAAGAGGUACAUUGGUUCAUGGUUCCAGCAACAUCCCACCUCUUCCGACUCAACCUUCAGUGAGCUUCACGUCCCCAAGCAGAGGCGUCAGUGGACGCGACAGGCAGACAGUGGUGUCUUCCUCGGCAGUGAUGGUAAUGAGAGCGAUGUACUAGAAACAGUACCCGAAGUUCCAAAACCCAGACUUCCGCAACUUGAUCGCGUCGUGCGCCGCGUCUCAAGAGCUGAACAAGUUGCGCGUGACAGAGUCCGCGCCUGCCUUGACGCGGGCGAGGAGACAAUUGACUUUUGGUCAUUGGGACUGGAAGAUGUCUCAAAUGAUACAAUCAGUCCUUUGUCGCAGUUUACCUGCAUCCCUGUCGUGACCAAGGAUGUUGCCUUCGAGCAGAAGGAUCCCGAGCUUAAGAUCUAUAUGGCCCAGAACCGGUUGACUCGUGUUCCUGGUGCCAUCUUCGAUCUAACGCAUCUCACAAUCCUGAGCCUCCGCCAUAACAAGCUCACCGAACUCCCCCCCGCUGUUGCGAAACUCCACCAUCUGAAGGAACUCAACGUAUCACAUAAUCGUUUACGGCAUUUGCCCGUGGAGUUGCUGGAGCUUUUCGCACCAGAUAGCAAACUUGACAAACUUGUUGUACAUCCUAAUCCAUUCUGGCAACCAAAUGAGAGCUUAGAAUCGACAGAUUCUCAGCUGAGCAGCACACUCUUCUUCCAGGCCGAGGCGGGAGCCUCGCCGACGCCACGUUUAGUGAGUCGUGCACUAGGUCGAAGUCCUCUACAGCUCUCAGACAGUACGGGAAGAAUUCUUUCAGACUUCAAGUUCCCAACAGACCAUACAAAACUCAUUCUGCCCAUUGAUGAAGGAGAGCCCGAGUUUUGCCCAUCGUCCUCAGUCUCAUCCAUGACAGAGUCACAACGCCUCGAAGGUGCAAGCCGUGUGCCUAGUCUUCUUGAGACAGCUCUUCGAGCUUGCUACUCCAGCACUCAGCUUUCAGAGAUGCCGUACUACAUCCCUGAAGGGCUCAACCAUCUCAGGAAACUCCUGGAGCGAGCGCAAAGGCAGAAAGAGGCUGGCGGAUUGUCGUGCUCACGCUGUCGAAAAUCAAUGGUCAUUCCCACCACCAAGUGGGUUGAAUGGCGAGAAGUUCGGGCUUGUAACAGGGCUAGCCACGAUAGCCCAGCCCUUGUACGGAUGACACCGUUGAGCAUGGCAGAAGGCGAGAGGACGAUCCCGUUCGUUAAUCGGGGAUGCUCAUGGCGAUGCCGCCCGGGAGACAUUGAUAAGAGCAGCUGGGGGCUGCCGAGCGGAAAUCUUGUCACAGUGACAAAUGAGGAAAGCUAG